AUGAUCACCUCCGUAGAGGGUCAACGCAGGAGACUCCUACGAGCGUUGAACAGUCGAUACAUUUACGGCCAGAUUCCUCUCCUACACGCCAUCAUCUUCCUCCUCGAGAUGGCCGCCGUAUCGAUCCUCACGCGCAAAUUCAACUCCUACUAUGCCAGCAGACCAGUGCUCACGACGAUGAUCACCAAUGCCGUCCUCGGAGGCAUAGCAGACACCGUCGCGCAGUCCAUCACCGCCAUACGCCAAGUCGCCGUUCGCAAGCCCGGCGGAGCGAGCAAAGACGACUUCCUCGCGAUCGAGAUCAGCGCGCUUGACAGGAAGAACCCAUGGCCUCCGGGGGAGAUCAUCCCAGACUCCAAGAACCUUCCUCCGCCCUUCGACUUCGAGCGGCUGGUCCGAUUCAUGUCUUACGGCUUUAUGAUGGCGCCGGUCCAGCACAAAUGGUUCGGCUUCUUGGCCAAGACGUUCCCGGUUACCAAGCUUGCGGGUACUCUGCCGGCCCUUAAGAGAGUCGCCUUCGAUCAGUUCCUGUUUGCGCCAAUCGGUCUUGCGUGCUUCUUCACCUUCAUGACUGUUGCCGAGGGCGGCGGGAAGCGUGCCGUCCAACGCAAGUUCCAGGACGUGUAUGUGCCUGCGUUGAAGGCGAACUACCUGGUGUGGCCGGCUGUGCAGAUCCUCAACUUCAGGGUGAUGCCCAUCCAGUUUCAGAUUCCCUUCGUCUCGACUGUCGGUAUAGCAUGGACCGCUUACCUGUCGCUCACCAACUCUUCGGAGGAAUCGUAG